UCUCAGUCAGAGCAUCCUUCCGUCAUGGCGUCUUUUUGGACGAAAACCUCCGCUAACCUGUCGGUCCUGUCGGUUUUCUUCCUGCUGCUGAUAUGUCUGCCACCCGGGGGAGGACAGAAGAAGAAGGAGAACCUGCUGUCAGAGAAGGUUGACCAGAUGAUGGAGUGGUCCUCUCGGCGUUCGGUCGUCCGGAUGAACGGUGACAAGUUCCGUCGCUUUGUCAAGGCCCCACCCAGGAACUACUCUGUCAUCGUCAUGUUCACUGCCCUGCAGCCUCAAAGGCAGUGUUCUGUCUGCAGGCAGGCGAAUGAGGAGUACCAAGUUUUGGCAAACUCGUGGCGUUACUCAUCUGCAUUUUCCAACAAGCUGUUCUUCACGGUAGUGGACUACGAUGAGGGAGCUGAUGUUUUCCAACAGUUGAACAUGAACAGCGCUCCAACCUUCAUGCACUUUCCAGCUAAGGGAAAACCAAAGAGGGCUGAUACGUUUGACCUGCAAAGGAUUGGCUUUGCUUCAGAGCAGCUGGCCAAGUGGAUUGCAGACCGCACAGACGUUCAGAUCCGUGUCUUCCGUCCUCCCAAUUAUUCUGGGACUAUUGCUUUGGCUCUGUUAGUUUCUUUGGUUGGAGGUCUGCUGUAUUUGAGGAGGAACAACUUGGAAUUCAUAUACAACAAGACUGGAUGGGCCAUGGCUGCACUGUGUGUUGUUUUUGCAAUGACAUCUGGUCAGAUGUGGAACCACAUCAGAGGUCCUCCCUAUGCCCACAAAAACCCCCAGAAUGGACAAGUGAGUUAUAUUCACGGCAGCAGUCAGGCUCAGUUUGUGGCUGAGUCUCACAUCAUCCUUCUCCUGAAUGCUGCAAUCACCAUGGGGAUGGUGCUGCUGAAUGAGGCUGCCACCUCCAAGGGAGACGUUGGCAAGAGGAGAAUCAUCUGCCUGGUUGGCCUUGGCUUGGUGGUGUUUUUCUUCAGCUUCCUGCUCUCCAUUUUCAGGUCCAAGUACCAUGGAUACCCUUACAGCUUCCUUAUUAAGUGAAGAAAAGACAGAAGAGAAGGUUAGAGAUAGCGAAGAGUCAGUAGGUGAGGAGAAGAGGAGUCGAGAAGAUACUUGAAGAGGCGGAGGCAGCGUUACAAUUGAGUCUAGAGUGCAUGGUUCAUAGUCUUUUUUUUUUUGUGAGUUUUUUUUUAUCGACUGCUAUCAUCUGCAAACUGAAUAGAAAAUAAAUUAUUCUCACUUACACUGGAAAAUAAAGAUGUCUGGCAUGUCUC